AUGUGCGGCUUCAUUCACGCAAUAUCCUUGCAUUACUUACCAAGCAAGACCUCGGAUAGUAGUACCAGCGUGAAUGCGAUCUGCCCGAAUCCUUCUCUCAUUCUCGACGGGGUAUACGUCCCUCCGCGCCUUUGUAUUCCUAUUCCUCUUCCAUCUCUUUACCGCCAAAACGUCCCUCAACCAUAUUGCACGUGUGACCAUCCACAAGUAAGGAUAUUCGCAAGCCCUCUUGUAACCUCAUUCAUUUCAACUGAGAUCGCCUUCUCCGGAAUAGUCAUUGACCGCGACGCGAUCAAAUCAGCCAAGUCAAAACGAGACAAACUAUGCAAGUUCGGACAAGCCACGGGCUUGACCGUCGGCCGCUACACCGGGUGGAAGAGCGUCCAUGUGGCUACUGGAAUGGGAAAUGGCAAUGAAAUCAUGAUAGAGAUCCACGAACAUUGGUUUACCUUCUGGUCAACCCCAGAGGAGUCGUUGAAGGACAGGGGGCUGUCCAGAAUGGUUGGCGAGUACGCUAGCCCCAUGUCGACCCACGAGCAGUGUACGAUGCAUUCGAUAUGGGCUACAGCCUGA